AUGGCCCCAAUCACCAAGACCCUCGCCCUUGCUGGCGCUCUCUUUGCCUUCUCUGGCUUCGCCGCUCCCAUUGAGAAGCGUGCUGUUGUGUGGGAAACUGUCACCGACGUGGUCUGGACCACCGUCGAUGUUACCACCACUCUCUACCCCCAGGAGCUUAUUGCUACUGCGACUGCCACUGUCGUUCCUGUGACCACCUCCGCCGCCGUUGAGACUACCGCCGUCCACGCAGCCAAGACCGAAGAAAUUGUCCAGCCCACCACCAGCUCCACCAGCACUAGCUCUAGCACCACUGUUGCCGCUGCUCCCGUGACCACCGAGCAAGCCGCCACCACCGCUGCCCCCGCUGUCGUUGCCGCCGCCGUCGAGCCUGCCACCACCAGCUCCAGCUCCACUUCCACCUAUGUCGCUCCCGUUGUCGAGCGUACCACUUCCUCCGAGGCCACUUCCACCACCUCGGCUGCUCCCGCUGCGACCACUUCUGCUUCCACCACCUCUUCCGAUGGUUACUCCGGCACUUGCGAUGAGGGCUCCCCCUGCACCGGUGACUUGACCUACUACGACACUGCCACCUCUUCCAGCAACCCCAGUGCCUGUGGAACCACCAACGAUGGCCUGACCGAGCUUGUCUUGGCUCUCCCUGUCGGCGUCAUGGUCGACUCCGACUGCGGCAAGUCCGUGACCAUCACCUACAACGGUGUCACCAAGACCGGCACCGUCGUCGACAAGUGCAUGGGCUGCGACGAUGGCUCCGUCGAUCUGUCGCGGGCUUUCUUCGAGGCCUUUGACUCUCUCUCCGCUGGCCGUAUUUCUGGCGCUACCUGGUACAUCAACUAA